ACAACACUAUCUUUGGCAUUGUGCUGGGGUUGACGCGUCUCACAACCAAUUGCUCAGUCACCGGGAGAAAAUCUUCACGUAAACAAACUGCACGUAUCAUAAAGAAGGGGUAAAUAGUCUUGUACGUAGUGAAGACGAACCCUAAAUUAUUAACAGCAGCAAGUUUCGCUAGGUUCCCACACCAAACCUAAUUUCAGACUGCAGCCAAUCUUGAUGAACACCAAGAAACGAGCAACAGUCACCGAGAGAAAAAUCACGAAAGCUACAUAUGCCUGGUAAAAAACGAAUGAUUUAAGAAUUCCAGUUGGCUUGUAACAGCGGGCAUCAAACACAAGGAAGUGUGAAGGAGAGGUGAUGGAGGUGCGGGUGUGUGUGGUGGUAGUGGUAGCGACAACCCUGGUACAGGUGGCCAGCUGUGGCAGGAACAUCGAGGAAGAGGAUUAUGGCGUCAAAUUUGCUACCGAUUGUGAAGUGUGUAAACUGGUGGCCAAGGAAGUUAAUGAGAGGCUAGAAUCAAAAGGUUCAUCUGGAGUAAUAGAAACGGGAUAUAAUAUAGAUGCCAAGAAGAAAAAAACUAAAUAUAAUAAAUCAGAACUAAGGCUGGUGGAAACGCUGGAGGAAGUGUGUGAUGGUAUGCUCGACUAUCGGGUUCAUAAGGAGCGAUCAGAUUCCACACGAUGGGCCAAAAAGAUGAGCCAAACCUUCCAAACUCUUCACAAUCUUGUAAACAAAGGUGUGAAGGUUGACCUUGGAAUCCCUCAGGAGCUGUGGGACGAACCAUCGGCAGAGGUAGCACAUCUUAAGACUCAGUGCGAGGGUUUCAUUGAGGAUUAUGAAGAUGACAUCAAUGAUUGGUAUUUUGGAGACCAGGAGACUGGUCUUAAGGAAUCUGUUUGUUUGAAAGUUCUUGAGGAUAAGAAAUGCCUCUCUGAGCCCUUUGGAGAAGACAUCAAGAGUGAUUCCAGUGAUGAUUACCAAGAUACAAAAAGAAAUGGUAACAGGAAGAAAGGAGACUCAGAGAAGUCUAGCAAAUCAGAAUUAUAAUAGCUUGUAGCAGUGAUUAUUAGGGUCUUGUUCAAGAUUUUAAAUUUCUUUGCGUGUGGCAUAAAAAUAAUAUAAUUAUAUUAAUCUAGAAGCAUGUAGUUUCUGAUAAAUAAUUUUUAGGUAAUUUGAAACUGCAUCAUAUUACCAGAUAGUGUAUACAUAACUUCAUGGCCCAUUACUACAGUAUUGAACUCUUACAUUCCAUUUUCAUCACCUCAUAAGGUACAGUGGUACUUCGGAAUACGAGUGUCCCUGUAUACGAGUU